GGAAACACUACUGAAGAGUAUGGAAUCGAUCGAUGUCUUAUUGGUGGCAUAAUUCUUCCCCUAGUUCUUCGAUCUUCAGACAUUGUUGGCUUCCAGUUUGAUUCUUAAGCAGCGGGCAUCACCUUCUCAAUUCCAUCAAUGGCCGACUUCCUACGCUUCCUCCUCCUUUUCAUCGCCGUCAUCGGUCAGCACUCCAAUUCUUUCGCCGAGAGCCGGAAGGAGUUGAGGGGUAAUGCGGAUUUCAACCAUGAAACUGUCAUUCAAUUAAGAACCUCCACGCCAUUGAAUAGGGUUGACCCAUCACGCGUUAUCUCGCUCUCUUGGCGACCAAGGGUGUUCCUAUAUCAAGGAUUUCUGACAGACGAGGAAUGUGAUCACCUUAUUUCUUUGGUAAUCAAAGAGGCCAUUGUGGGAAAUGGUGAUAAUUCCAGGCAGACAGUGAAGAAGAGGAUGUUAGCUAGUACAAAGCUUCUUCCAGAUACGGAUGACAAUGUUAUAACAAGGAUUGAGGAAAGAGUUGCAGCCUGGACUUUGCUACCUACUGAUAACGGGCAGUCAUUACAGGUCACACAUUAUGGGGUCGAAGAGGCCACCGCCCAGAACCUUAGUUACUUCAGCAACCAAUCCUUAUCAACCUCAAAGGAGCCUCUGGUAGCCACUCUUGUAUUCUAUCUCUCAAAUGUGACUCACGGCGGGCAAAUUCUCUUCCCUAAUUCAGAGGAGAAGAACAAGAUUUGGAUCGAUUGCACAAAGAGCAGCGAGAUUCUAAGACCGAUAAAAGGGAAUGCGAUACUGUUCUUCAAUCUUCACCUCAACACUUCCCCUGACCCGAGCAGCUCCCACUCUAGGUGCCCAGUCCAGGACCCUGAAAUGUGGGUCGCCACCAAACUGUUCUUCCUUAGGCCCACCAUUGCUGGGAACCCUCCGCCUCAUCAAUCGGAUAGCAGCAGCGAUGAAUGCUCCGACGAGGACGACAACUGCCAAUCAUGGGCCGCUUCAGGAGAAUGCGAGAAGAAUCCGAUUUACAUGAUUGGUUCUGAUGACUACUUUGGAACUUGUCGGAAGAGUUGUAAAGUCUGCUGAACAUUAAUCCAUCGCCAGUUUGAUGGUAAGAUAGAUUUUCUUUCCAAUCUAACUGCGGAAUGCUCGACUGUUCUUUUGGGGAAAGACUUGAAUUAGAUCAUAUAUAUCAUUGGCAAGUCGAGCUUUUCAGAAGUAGCGAAUCAAGCAAAGCGAUUAAAUUGCCAUUAAAAUAGUUCAGCGACUGGAAAUUUCACUGCAUAAAUUUAUAGUACAAGUGCCAAAAACAAGGAAAAAGAAAAUUCCUAUCGAUUCUUCUUAUUGGAUUCUUGUUGAUUGAAUUCAACACCAGAAGGACGGAGAAAUAGAGCGGCUCUGACCGUUCUACGCGGUGGCUGCAGGUUUCACGACGACGGAGUUGGUUUCUUGACGGAGCACGACGACUUGAAAGCUUCGAUCUGUGAUUGACAUUUGGCGUAGUUCCCCUUGUUCUCCUCCAAGCACUUCUUCAGCGCCUCCACGUCGCACGCCGGAGCAAUUUUCUUCUUCCCGGCGUCGGCGCCGUCACUUCCCGCCGACUUUUCAUCCAUGCUAGCCAGUAGCCUCUCUCUCUCUCUCUCCGCCCUCUUCUUCCUCCCGCCGAUUUUGUUUUACUGUAACCGAUUUGCGAGAGGAGGAAGGAAGAACGACUCGAGAGAUGCAAACGGCGUCGUUUAGCCUAGAAGUGUGC